AUGGCCCUCUCACAAUCCUGGUUCCCUAGUAGACUAGAUCAAGGCGACAAGGUCAUCCUCGAUAAGCCCACUCUCUCGACCUGGGAGAUCGGUAAACUGGUCAACAUUCUGACGAGAUACAUCUUGACUCUUAAGCAUGUAUUCAGUUUGAAUGCUGCAAUGCUGACUAUCUGGAGGGCUUUAUGCGCAUUUACGUCGAAGUUCCAAAUACCAGUUCUGAGAAUGCCACAAAGCUACCCGCACCCGAGAAGCAACCGAAUUCACACCCCCAGAGCUGAAAGCAUACCAAUUUCUCACUUCCAAAGCACUCGCAAAAUACGCCUCGACUAUUAUCAUACAAGCAAGGGUCUCAGAGUAGCGAAGGGCCAGUUCCCAAAGGGCAUAUCACAUGGAUUGUAUGGAGCUUUGAGAACUGCUUCGGUGUACUGGGAUAUGACGCGCAAGGAACGAAGGCUUGUCCGCGAUGCCUUCCUUCGAGAGUUUCCGCGAUGGAAAUGGGAUACUUCCCUCCUAGGGCUAGACCUUCCAAUUUGGUCUGGGAUCAGAAAGCUGGUGCUCUUUAAGUCACUUAUUAUUCUUAUAAUCCCGGGGGCACUUUCAGUGAAGAGUGGUAGCGAGAUUUUGAUCUUGCCAGGACCCCUCAGAAAUUACAACUGGAAAAAAGAUUACAACGGUGAUAACUCGGAGUGGAAACUUUGA